AGUCAUCAUCGUCUCUUUUAUUUAUCUCUCUCUCUCUCUCUCCCUCGCACGCUCGUUCGUUCGCUCGCUCGCUCGCUCACUCUCCAGUUCCGCCGCUCUCAGAUCUCUCCCCUCCGAUCGGAUCCGAUCCCGCCGUCGAGGCCCCCCAAGGCAAGUAGGCACAAUGGGUCGUGGAGUUAGCAGUGGUGGAGGACAGAGUUCUUUGGGCUACCUUUUUGGUAGUGGAGAGGCUCCAAAAGCAGCUGCAAGCAGUCACCAGACUGCUCCGACUGAGGUGGACAAUCCACCUCCCUCAAAACCUGUGGCUGUUUCUCCUCCAGUAGAUCCUACCAAGCAGAUUCCUGCUGGAAUCCAUAGUACUUCGUCAAACAACUACCUGAGAGCUGAUGGUCAGAACACUGGCAACUUCCUCACGCAUGGAUUUAUCCAGUCCAUUGAUGACCCGAGUUAUACGUGCAGGAUCGACCCUCGACCAAGGUCCACGCUGCACCUGGGGGUGGAUCAUCUCUGGAUUACCUUUUCGGUGGUGGAGGUAAGUGAGUCCGGACAGGCCUUUGCGCAUGUCUCCUGAAUCGAAGGUUACCGCUGAAAAGAUCCAAGUGGAGCCCGUGACUUCGGACAACCGAGUGCUUUUAUUGUUUUGUGAUCUGAAUACUGAAACACUUUACUGCAUCAAUUUGUGUAAUAUGUUUGAUGUGCUGGCUGUUCAUUGUUGGACUCCAAUUUGAAGCACCAUAUCAGCUUCCGCAGCAGAUGCAUAUACGUCUGCUGCGAAUCUUGAUAUCAACAGAACUUGUUUUCUUCAAUCCAUUGAUUUUUGCA